AUACGAACAGAAGCAGAUCUUUUUACAUCUUACGUUUUCACACAGAAAGCUGUAUGUGAGUAAUUGUGUAUAAAGAUUGUGUAUAAAGAGAGAAAUAUACUGAACAGUCGGGCAUAGCUUGAUCUCUUUAACCUACUUCAGAACCACGGACAGCAACCUGUCUCCUUCCACUGAUCUGUCUCUUGCGGUUUUGAGAUAACAACUGAGUCAUGCUCUAAAUGGACACUUGCGAAAUAUUGCUAUUACAUGUCAUGUUCGUAGAUGAAAUUACUCCAGCAAAAAUAAGCUGAUUUAUGGCUAAAUUAAAUCUUAUAUGUCUAGGAAAUCCCAAAUGAUGUUGUUUUUUUUACGCCUUAAAAUUCCACUUCGCAUUAUCUGUCAUUCCAAGACAUGCAACUGCCUAAUUCACGAGUGCAAAAUGUUGUAUUGUAGUGCACUGUGUAUAGUAGAGCAUAGGUGAAUCUAUCACAUGGUUGCUGCGGUCGCUCUGUGCUCCGCGUCUCUUUCUUCCAGAGCAGGAGGCAAGGCAGCAGCAGCAGGAGACGGGGCUUCAUGUAAACACGCCGCGCACAGGGCUUUCUUUGUUUCACACACACACACACACACACACACACACACUCACUCACACACACACACACGCACUGGUAUCCCCUCUUCUAGUCAUGCCAUGGAUAUUUUGUGGCAAUACCAGUUCCGAAUCAUUUUACUCGGCGAUUCGACAGUGGGGAAGUCGUCUUUGCUGAAACGCUUCACGGACGGAAUCUACAGUGAUGUGGCGGAUCCGACGGUCGGGGUAGAUUUCUAUGCCCGCUCGCUUGAUAUCGAGCCCGGGGUGAAAAUAAAGCUUCAGCUGUGGGACACGGCCGGUCAGGAACGAUUCAGGUCCAUCACAACAUCCUACUACCGUAACUCUGUGGGCGGGCUCCUGGUCUUUGACCUCAGCAAUCGCAAGACCUUUGAGCAUGUGCGGGAGUGGCACAAGGAGGUGAGUGAGCACAUCCUGCCCCACCACAUGGUCUACAUCCUCAUCGGCCACAAGAGCGACCUCAACAAGGACCGCCAGGUGAGCCGGGACGAGGCGGAGCAACUGGCGGCCGAGAUGGGCAUCCGCUACGUGGAGACGUCGGCCAAGUGCAACAGCAACGUGGACCGGGCCUUCGAGCUGCUGACGAAAGACAUCUACGAGCUGAUGAAGAUGGGGGAGAUCGUCACCCGCGACGGCUGGGACGGGGUCAAGAGCGGCCUCACCGCCAAGGUCCUCUACCCGGCCGACGAUGAAGAGGCACUCGCUACCGCGGUCCCCGAAAGGGGCUGCCACUGCUAACUGUGAACUCUCUGUGUCCAAACACUGUCCCGUCACACCAAGAGUUCACCUCGUCUCACAGUUGUCCAUCGAAACCAAGUCACUCAGGCUCAGUACCCCCGUGAUAUCACCAUCCAUCACUUCCUCACCUUGUGCGUCGUGUGUGGGUUCUUCCCACAGCCGGGGUUCUUUUCUAAUCAGGGGGGGGCCAUUGUAUAUCCCGAUGUGUAUCUUAACAGGCAACUUUGUUUUCUCUAAAGCCAUGUGGUGUAGCAUGAGCUGAGCUGUUUUGGACCUUGCUAGGUUCGGAUGACACAAGUGUGCAGAGGUGAUCAGGUCAUAGUUCUUAGAGUGUUGCCAACACUGCUUUAAACAGCCACCGGAGUCAGUGGACUACUGAGUAUACAGAAGACACAGAUCCAUUUCACAGAGCACUAUUGUGGGUUUCUAUCUAAGUUUGUGCGACGCUUUGCCCGCAAUCAUUUGUGAUUAUAAUAUUGUAAAUAGUAGUGAAAUCUAUAGAGAUGAAAGCUAUAAGGUCACUGAAAGCUAUUUAAUUGAUAGUGUGAACGGAGUGUCACCAUAUUUUAUCAGUGUGCUCCUGCUACUGUCAGCUAUAUGUGCACUUACGCCAAACUGACUUAAACCUUUCUGUGAAUAGAUGAGAAAUGCUCCUGGAAAAAAAAAAAAAAAAUAGAUUAAGGUGUAUACAUAGAGACAGGCCAUUGUAAUUAGAGUAGGUGGCCUUUAGGCAUUUGUUUCAUAGCAUCAACAGGAGCAAGACAUCAAGUGUGUUACCUCUCAGUCAUCAAAUCUGUAAUGACCUCAUCAACAGCAGGAAAGAUGUGUUUGACUAAAAACAAAAGGAAUUCUGAACAUCACCUGCAGCUGUUUGGGGAUUAGGGCAAACAGCUGUUUCUUUUGUUCAAAGCUUAAUCCACAAAAAUAACAAUAUUCCAAUCAGGCCUGAGCCGACGAUGGAUGCCAACUCAUUCGAUCCAUAUGUGGACAUGUGUGCUGCUUUUGUGGGUGUGUACUUUAUGCCGUGUUCCAGAGGUGUCGGUAUGAAAUUUUGUUUUAAGUUUUAUGGCGAAAAGUCAGACUUCCAAGUACAUAACCUGGGAAAAAUUAACAACCCUGAGAUGUCACGUUAACAAGGCAGCAUAUACUGCAAAAGCUAGUCAGCAUUUCUUUCAUGAGACUGGUAUCAAUCUCCUCAUCUAACUCGCUCAAAGACUCAGCGUAUUUACUAAAAUGUUGAAAUGAAGUCCUUAAUUAUUUCAAAAUGCUUGUUCUUACUCUGACAGAAGUGCUUGUCUGUAUUAAUUGACCUUCAAGGCCAAGAUUUUCCUUAAUCCUAAAGCUGCACAGAAGAAAUUCUUUGUUAGUACCUUUGACAUACCAAACAUAACUGAAGCUUUUACAUGUGGAAGAGUGUUUGGGAUUUACCGACUUAUACACUAACACCAGCUGAUGGUCAGUUGAUAAAGACUGUAUGGGGGAUCUAGUAUUUCUAAAACAUUUGCAUUAUCCCUUUAUUUU